CUUUCAAAAGACUGGAGUGGGAAUCAGAGCUUCACGGGUUAAAAAGCCGAUGUCACAUCAGCCGUUCGAAACUCCUCCUCUCGCAGUGAGGUGAAGACAUUUGAAAAUCACCCCACUGCAAACUCCUCCCCCUGCUAGAAACCUCACGUUGAAAUGCUGUAAAUGACGUGGGCCCCUGAGUGCAAUCGCGGGAAGCCAGAGUUUCCAGCGAGGACACAGCGGGUCCUGAUCCGGGUCGGGACACUUUCUGGCAGAGGCUGCGAGCAUGGGGCCCUGGAGCUGGAAACUGCGCUGGACCGUCGCCUUCCUCCUCGCCGUGGCGGAGGCUGCAGUGGGUGACAUAUGUGAAAGAAACGAGUUCCAGUGCCAAGACGGGAAAUGCAUCUCCUACAAGUGGGUCUGCGAUGGCACCGCUGAGUGCCAGGAUGGCUCUGAUGAGUCCCAAGAGACGUGCUCCCCCAAGACGUGCUCCCAGGACGAGUUUCGCUGCCACGAUGGGAAAUGCAUCUACCGGCAGUUCGUCUGUGACUCAGACCGGGACUGCUUGGACGGCUCGGACGAGGCCUCCUGUCCGGUGCUUACCUGCGGCCCCGCCAGCUUCCAGUGCAACAGCUCCAACUGCAUCCCCCAGCUGUGGGCCUGCGACAACGACCCCGACUGCGAAGAUGGCUCGGAUGAGUGGCCUCAGCGCUGUCAGGGUCUUGAAGUGCCCAAAAGGGACAGUGGCCCCUGCUCGGCCUUCGAGUUCCACUGUCGAAGUAGCGAGUGCAUCCACUCCAGCUGGCGCUGUGACGGAGGCCCCGACUGCAAGGACAAGUCUGACGAGGAGAACUGCCCUGUGGCCACCUGUCGCCCUGACGAAUUCCAGUGCUCUGAUGGAACCUGCAUCCAUGGCAGCCGGCAGUGUGACCGGGAAUAUGACUGCAAGGACAUGAGUGAUGAAGUUGGCUGCAUUAACGUGACACUCUGCGAAGGGCCCAACAAGUUCAAGUGUCACAGCGGCGAAUGCAUCAGCCUGGACAAAGUCUGCAACAUGGCUAGAGACUGCCAGGACUGGUCAGAUGAACCCAUCAAGGAGUGUGGGACCAACGAAUGCUUGGACAACAACGGUGGCUGUUCCCACGUCUGCAACGACCUUAAGAUCGGCUACGAAUGCGUGUGUCCCGACGGCUUCCAGCUGGUGGCCCAGAGAAGAUGCGAAGAUAUCGAUGAGUGUCAGGAUCCCGACACCUGCAGCCAGCUCUGCGUGAACCUGGAGGGGAGCUACAAGUGCCAGUGUGAGGAAGGCUUCCAGCUGGACCCCCACACCAAGGCCUGCAAGGCUGUGGGCUCCAUCGCCUACCUCAUCUUCACCAACCGGCACGAGGUCAGGAAGAUGACGCUGGACCGGAGUGAGUACACCAGCCUCAUCCCCAACCUGAGGAACGUGGUCGCUCUGGACACGGAGGUGGCCAGCAAUAGAAUCUACUGGUCUGACCUGUCCCAGAGAAUGAUCUACAGCACCCAGCUUGACAGAGCCCACGGCGUCUCCUCCUACGACACCGUCAUCAGCAGGGACCUCCAGGCCCCCGACGGGCUGGCUGUGGACUGGAUCCACAGCAACAUCUACUGGACGGACUCUGUCCUGGGCACUGUCUCGGUUGCGGAUACCAAGGGUGUGAAGAGGAAAACGUUAUUCAGAGAGAACGGCUCUAAGCCAAGGGCCAUCGUGGUGGAUCCUGUUCAUGGCUUCAUGUACUGGACUGACUGGGGAACUCCCGCCAAGAUCAAGAAAGGGGGCCUGAACGGUGUGGACAUCUACUCGCUGGUGACCGAGAACAUUCAGUGGCCCAAUGGCAUCACCCUAGAUUUCCCCAGUGGCCGCCUCUACUGGGUUGACUCUAAACUUCACUCCAUCUCAAGCAUCGACGUCAACGGGGGCAACCGGAAGACCGUCUUGGAGGACGAAAAGAGGCUGGCCCACCCCUUCUCCUUGGCCAUCUUUGAGGACAAAGUAUUUUGGACAGAUAUCAUCAACGAAGCCAUUUUCAGUGCCAACCGCCUCACAGGUUCCGACGUCAAUUUGUUGGCCGAAAACCUACUGUCCCCAGAGGAUAUGGUCCUCUUCCACAACCUCACCCAGCCAAGAGGAGUGAACUGGUGUGAGAGGACCACGCUGAGCAAUGGCGGCUGCCAGUAUCUGUGCCUCCCUGCCCCACAGAUCAACCCCCAGUCGCCCAAGUUUACCUGCGCCUGCCCGGACGGCAUGCUGCUGGCCAAGGACAUGAGGAGCUGCCUCACAGGUGCGGCACACGCCUUGUUUCUGUGUCCUGUGUCCUCCAACUGCCCCCUCCUGAGCCUCUCUCUGUUUCUCUGUGAAAUGGGUACCUCUAAGUCAUUAUUCAUCAAUGUGAGGCUCAAGAACCUUCUCAGGCUGGGCUCGUCCCACAACUUUGAUAACUCACAAAUAAGCCCGUGUGGCCUCUCGCAGACUCGGGAAGUUCUCCAAGUGCCCAGGGCGAUGUGCUGGGCACUUUCCUGGCUGUCAGUGCCGUCCUCUGCCUGCUCCAUUUCUUGGUGGUCUCCCUUUAGACCUGGGCCUCACUCUUGCUUCUCUCCUGCAGCUCUGGGCAAUGCUGCUGGCAGAGGAAAUGAGAAGAAACCCAAGAGCGUGGGGGCUCUGUCUAUCAUCCUCCCCGUUGUGCUCCUCGUCUUCCUCUGCUUGGGGGCCUUCCUCCUCUGGAAGAACUGGCGGCUGAAGAGCAUCAACAGCAUCAACUUUGACAACCCUGUCUAUCAGAAGACCACAGAGGAUGAGGUCCACAUUUGCCGCAACCAGGACGGCUACAGCUACCCCUCGAGACAGAUGGUCAGUCUGGAGGAUGACGUGGCGUGAACAUCUGCCUGGAGUCCUGUCCCUGCCCAGAACCCUUCCUGAGACCUCGCCGGCCUUGUUUUAGUCAAAGAGAAGACCAAAGCAUUGCCUGCCAGAGCUUUGUUUUAUAUAUUUAUUCAUCUGGGAGGCAGAACAGGCUUUGGACAGUGUCCAUGCAGUGGCUUGGGUUGGGAUUUUUGGUUUCUUUCUUUCCUUGUGAAGGAGAAGAGAAACAGGCCCAGGGGUGCCAGGAUGACACCUCCAUUUAGAAGGUUUCAGUUUCUCUCCACCAUCACCGUGACCCAAUCCUCAAACAUGGAAGAUGAAAGGGCAGGGGAUGCCAGGUCCAGAGAAGCAAGUGGCUUUCAACACACGACAGCAGAUGUCACCAACGGGACCCCAGCCCCGCCUCGCCCACCAAUCUCUAAGCGGGACCCCCAGCCCCGCCUCGUCCACCAAUCUCUAAGCAAAACCCUUCAACUCAGGAGUCAACGCGUUUACCUCUUCUAUGCAAGCCUUGCUCGACAGCCCAGUUAGCUUUGCCCUGUCACCCCCGAAUCAUGACCCACCCAGUGUCUUUCAAGGUGGGCUUGUACCUUCCUCAAACCAGGAAAGGGAUUCAUGGCGUUGGAACUGAUCUGGCUGAAUCUGUGGUGGCACCGAGACCAGACUCAUUCACCAAAUGAUGCUACUUCCCAGUGGGAGAGCCUGAGUCUCUGGUCACCCUUAAUAUUUAUUAAGUGCCUGAGACACCCGGUUACCUUGGCCAUGAGGACACGUGGCCUGCACCCAGGUGUGGCUGUCAGGACGCCAGCCUGGUGCCCAUCUUUCCCACCCCUACCCACUUCCAUUCCUGUGGUCGCCUUGCACUUUCUCAGUUCAGAGUUGUACAUUGUGUAAAUUCAGCAUCUGUGUUAUUUUGCACUGUUUUCUGUCGUGUGUGUUGGGAUGGGAUCCCUGGCCAGGGAAAGCCCAUGUCAAUGAAUGCCAGAGACAGAGAAGGGCAGGUUGACCAGGACUUCAAAGCCGUGACAACCAUUGUCUUCUUUAUGUCUGCUCACCUAGUGCCUCCACUACUAUGCAAAUGCCUCCAAGCCAUUCACAUCCCCGAUCUUGUCAUUGAUGGGUAUGUGUUUAAAACAUGCAUGGUGAGGCCGGGCGCAGUGGCUCACACCUGUAAUCCCAGCACUUUGGGAAGCCCAGGAGGGCGGAUCAUCUGAGAUUAGGAGUUGGAGACCAGCCUGGCCAACAUGGUGAAACUCUGUCUCUAC